AUGUUCCUCUAUCCCCCAGCCACGGCGGUAUUCACAGUCAUGAACGUGCAGCGGGCGGGGGACCAGGCUGCACUGGCACCCGUGAUGGGUCUCAUUCACCACACCACCCAGUGUUUGCUUGCAGUGAUGGACGUGCAGAGAGCGGCCACGGCGGUGUUUGCAGUGAUGGACGUGCAGCGGGCGGGCGACCAGGCAGCACUGGCACCAGUGAUGGGUCUCAUUCUGGUGUACGCGCUGCAGAUCACAGCCAUGAUGACCAUGGUGCUGCGACUGCUCUCUGUCGCUGAAACCUCGUUCAACGCGGUGGAGAGGGUGAGCAGUUACGCCGACAUCCCUCCCGAAGCGCCGGCCAUCAUUCCGAGCCACCGCCCGCCGCCCGGGUGGCCGCAGCAGGGGGAGGUGUUAUUUGAGGACGUGGUGAUGCGGUACAGGCCGGACCUGCCGCCCGUGCUCAGGGGGCUCAGUGCCUUGGUCCGCAGUGGAGAGAAGGUUGGCGUGGUGGGGCGCACUGGCGCAGGUCUGAGCGAAGUGACAACGAGGUGUGGGAGGGAGGGAGAGACUCAGAAGGCUCUUGACUUGCUCCGUCCAUCCCUCACUGUUUCCCCCUCUUCCCCCCUUCCAUCCCUCGUUCCGUCCCCCUUCCGCCACCCUCCCCCUCCUCCGCCCCUCCUUCCGUCCCCUUCCAUCUCCUCUCCGCCCCCCUUUCUGUCCCCACUCCGCUCUCCUUUCCGUCUUCCCUCCCUUCCGCCCCCCCCCCUCCCCUCUCCUCCCUCCUCCUCCAAUCCCCCAGGCACAUUGCAGUUCAAUCUGGAUCCGUUCAGCGAGCGCAGUGACAGCAAGGUGUGGGAGGCGCUGGGCAGGGCGCACCUGAGGGAGGUGGUAUCUCGCAUGCCGCUGGGGCUGGACACGGAGGUGGCAGAGGGAGGGGAGAACUUCAGCGUGGGGCAGCGGCAGCUGAUCAGUCUUGCCCGAGCGCUGCUCAAGGAGUCGCACAUUCUGGUGCUGGAUGAAGCGACGGCAGCCGUUGAUGUGGGCACGGAUGCGCUGAUCCAACGGACGGUGCGCGAGGAGUUCAAGGGGCGCACCAUGCUGACCAUCGCCCACCGGCUCAACACCAUCAUGGAUAGCGACCGCAUCCUGGUCAUGGACGCUGGCAUGGCCCUUGAGUACGACACGCCAGCCAACCUGGUGUUAAACGAAACCAGCACAUUUGCAGCCAUGGUGCGCCGCACAGGCCCUCAGACCGCCAAGUACUCACACUCGUCUCCUCUUCUUCAUCCCACCCAGGCCCUUGAGUACGACACGCCAGCCAACCUGGCACUAGAGUACGACACGCCAGCCAGCAUGGUGUUGAACGAGGCCAGUGUGUUUGCAGCAAUGGUGCGCAGCACGGGCCCUCAGACCGCCAAGUAUCUGCACAGUGUGGCGCUGGGGGAGGUGGCGCUAGCAGACGAGCUUGCCGGCCGGGCGGCGGCGCAGGAGAAGCAGAUGGCGCGCGAGGCGGCUAAGUGGCGGUGGGCCACUGCCGCCCAGUGGGCUCUGGCUCUCACGCUCACGUCUUCCCAGAGGGAUCUGCAGGUGGGUGAUGUGCUACUGAGGGGCUUGCUUGCAGGUUGCAGGCGCGUGUGCCUCCCACAUGCACUACUGCGGCCAAGUAGCAGUGGGUCACUGCCGCCCAUCGCAGAGUGGCGGUGGGCCACUGCCGCCCAGUGGGCUCUCGCUCUCACGCUCACCUUCUCCCAGAAGGAUCUGCAGAGUUGGCAAGUGACUGCAGAUGAGCGCUCCCUAGGUGCGAGCAGUGUGGCAGUGGUGGGGAAGAUGGUGCAGGGGGGUGGAGGGGAGGCGGUGGGGGUGGCCAUGUGCAACGACAGUGAGGAGGAGGAGGGAGAGAGCGAUGCACUUGUGGCCGUCGCACGACCACCAACCUUCCAGAGCAAUCAGGAGACAAGGGAUGCCGCCCAGGUGCUGCAGGCGGUGCUGUCGGGGCAGCGCAGCGAGGAGAUCUCGUCAGCGCUGACGAGGCGACAGCUGUCGGAAGACAAGUGGUGGACGGCUGUCAGCCGCGUGAGUGAGGAAUGUGGGAGUGUGGCGAAGCAGGUGCAGGCGAAGCUAGAGGCGGACGGCAGCCUGGCCCUGAUGGCGAAGCAGGUGCAGGUGAAGCUCGAGGUGGACGGCAGUGCCGCUCUCAGCCUGGCCCUCAUGGCGAAGCAGGUGCAGGCGAAGCUCGAGGCGGACGGCAGUCUGAGGGACUCCGCCAGCUCAGCAGGGGCGGCGGCGGGCGGCAGGUGGGCGCAGCUGGCAUCAACGGGGGAGGAGAUGGCGGGCAGCAGAGUGGUGUGA